UGCCCACGCCAGAGAGCGCUUUGCCCUACAGUAACCUCCUUCAUCUCUGCGCAUCAGGCUUGCAACAUCCUGCUUUAGCAUGUCUCAUUUCUGCUAUGCUUAAACAACUUACUUUUAGCGCACAUGAUACUGAUAAACGAGCACAAAUCAGCCGCAGUGCUAAAACGAAGACAGAGCUAUGUUUGGUGAAUGUUGUGGAGGACCGACAGUGUUGCUGAGUGAGCAGAGGCGCCGGUAGUGGACAGAUUUUGUCAGCCCAUAUGAUGUGUUCAACCGCCGAGCCCAAGUAGCUGACAAUUACAGCAUCGACGGAACAAACUACACCAGCCAGGCUAACAUGGUGGAUAUUUGACAAGAGGUGGCCAUGGACGCCUUCAGCCAGCUGAUCUUGCUCAUCGCCACAGUCAGCUUUUUCACCUUCCAGUGGCUCUUCCACAGCUUGAGUCCCUGGUUGUCAUGCAGGAUCAGCCCAGGCUUCCUGAAACUCAGCCACAAGCAGCAAAUUGAGUGGAACUCGAGGACAGUGUCCACAUUCCAUGCCAUAGUGGUCGGGCUCUUUUGCCUCUACAUCCUUUUUUUCGAUGAAGCCACCAAUCAGGACCCUGUGUGGGGAGAUCCAACAUUGGUGAAGAUAAACGUGGGAAUAACAACAGGCUACCUCAUAUCUGACCUGCUGCUCAUAUUUUACUAUUGGAGGGCGAUAGGGGACAAGUUUUUUGUAGUUCACCACCUGGCUGCAUUGUAUGCUUACUACUUUGUACUGGGUCAAGGAAUGUUGCCUUAUUUUGCUAACUUCCGUCUGCUUGCAGAGUUUUCCACUCCGUGUGUGAACCAGCGCUGGUUCUUUGAAGUGUUAGGUUACCCUAAAUCCUCCAGACUCAACAUUGCCAACGGUGUGCUGAUGGCGGCUGUGUUUUUCAUGGUGCGCAUCGCAGUCAUGCCUGUUUACUACAGCCGUAUGUACUCUGUAUAUGGCACAGAGGCCUUCUAUCGCGUGUCGUUCGGUGGCCGCAGUGCCUGGAUCUUUUCCAGCAUCUGUUUGGACAUCAUGAACGUCAUGUGGAUGCAUAAGAUCGCGUGCGGCUGCUAUAAGGUUCUGCGCUCCAGCCAGCAUGUGAAGUCCAAGGCCCAAGAAAAUGGAAAAAUGAACUAGGCAUGGAAGAAAGUUCAUUCUCCUCAAUGGGGGAAUUCGAGGAAGACCCUUAGUGCACCCUGUUGUUUUAGAAGUGGCAGAUUGUGAGUCAGCCAGCAGCAGCUGCGUAGUUCGACUGAUGUACUUGCUUUUGAAGCUGGUCAUGCAGAGAAACCACCCCGGAGCAAUACAGUACACGAUCAAUGUUUUCAGUGAUGCUUGUGCUACAAGCUCGUGUCGGCUUAAGAUGGCUGCUGGCGUCCCUCUUUCCACCUGCUUCAGCGGUUUAGGCCCAACGUACAACAAAAGUUCAGCUCAGAAAGCACUGGAAUUUUCUAUUUUCGUUAUGUUUGAGCUGUUUAGAUUUGUAUUGCCUGAAACUGGCUUUUAUUUAAAACUUUCCACUUUCCACUUACUAGGACAAAAUGUGCCACAUCCUUCUGAUUUAUUAACUCAUCGAAGUCACUGCCAUCUAUAAACUCGAACAGCCACCGUGUUUACUCUGAAGUUACACUUCAUAUACUAACUGUGAAGGAUCUCACGCUCUCACCUUCACUACAUUACACCAGGACUCGCUCCCAUCACAGACCACGUGACCACUCCCAACAAGACGAGAUCUUUACGCCAAGGAUGAUGGGAAGGUUGACUGUGAAUGUGCACAGACUUUUUUACAUUUACAUAAAGAUUUUAUACCGAUGUUGUUGUGAUGGAGAAGAGUAGUGCACUUUCUUUGUGUGAUGGGGGACACAUACUUCUGUCUUUGCUUUUUGGAAAUUGUGCUGGACUCGACAUCUUCACCUAGAUUUGGUUUGGAGGAGGAUGAACAUAAUUUCUCACCCUGCUCUGGCAUUGCUGUGAGAGAAGAGUUUUGAUUUUUAAAGUGAAAUGGUUUACACACACACACACAUGCACACUUACACACACAAACACACACUUGAAAUUCUCCACACCACAGCUUCAUUUGUACAGGGGAUACUGUAAGUGCAUGCUGCAGUGUGGAUCUCUGAAUGUUUUUGCAUCGUUGACGAUAGGAAUAUUAAUGGACAUGCACAAGUACGCAUUUUAGUUUCAUGUACAGUGACAAUAGAAUAUAAACAGUCUAAUAUUUUGUAAAAGGCUUUGGUCAUGGACCCUAUGGCUGAUGUUCCUUAUAUGCGCUCACUAAAGCAAAGGAUGUUCAACAGACUUUUAUUUUUUUUUGUGCAUCAUGCCUUAUUUAUUUGAACCAGAACUGAAUCAGCAUGUACAUGUAUAUUUAUUCUUUUAAAAGGAAGUGUAUUAUGUAUGGAGAAAAGGUGUUUGUGAUGUAUCUUAAUAGAUAUAUACUGAAUAACAGCGGCAACACAGACAUAUUUAAAUCAGCUUGAGAUGCAUCAUGUUACGUUGUACGAAAAUUUUAGCGUAGAUUAUUCACACAAGUCUUGAAUCUGAUUGAGAAAUCGCCUACAAUGAUACUAUUACUGGAUGCCACACAUUAUUUUAUAUUCUGAAAUGUAAAAGUAUUUAUGUAGGUAUGUGUGUGAGAUGACAUGAGAUAUUGAGGAAUUCUUUGCUCUUUUAAAUUGACAGAUGUUCUAUUUUCUAUCGAAUAAAUGACUUGAAUCUUUGCUCUACCUUAUGGUGAAUAAUAUUCAGUGCAGAUUUACUUCUUUUCUGUACUUACAAGAUGAGGCCAGUCAUAAUCGUUUUGCAUUCACUUGUUUUAAUCACUUGUUCUAGCUGCCUUUUUAUUUGGACAUUUUUUUUGCUUAUUUUCGAUACCUUCUGAUGCCAUUACAUGUUUUGCUUUGGGUUGAGCUUGCAUGUCUUUCCUUUACAUUUUUUUGUCAGAUUCUUGCCUUAGGUCUAAUGGAUGAAAGAUGAAAUGAAAGUUUGCUAAAAUGUUUUUUUAAUUUGUACUGUUUAGUGUGGAUUCAGGUACACCAGCAUAAGAUAUGUCUUAAAUAUGGUUUUGGUUAUGGUUUUGCCCAGUUUCCAUGUUUCAGAUUCCUUUUAAGCUUUUCUUUGUUCUGAAUAAAGUCAAAUGUUUUCAUACUAGAUGUAAAUACAUUCCAUUUAUGUAAUACAGUCAUGUAAUGCAUAAAUGCAUUUCUGUACACCUUCAGUGUGAGAGCUACACCUGACAGUGAUGGCUGUAAACUCAGUGAAUAGCUAGUGUCGUUUGCGUUUUCCCACAAUGGGAAUGCUGGUUUAAUAUUAGUUAGUUAGUAAGUAUACACAUUAAUCUAAACUCAUCUGGCUCUCAAGUAACUUGAUCGAAGAGAACCCCACACACUUUGUCUACACAUGCUUUUGCAUUUGUGUGAAGCUACACAGAGCAAGCAGCCUCACUGCGUUUGAUACUGUAUGUCCGGAUGCUCCUGUGUGUGAUUUUAAGCUGUAUGAAGCAGGACCAAGAAUGUUACUUAGCUCUCACUGAUUUUUAAAUCUUGUCCUCUAUCUGACCUAUUUGACCCUGUUUGCUGAAUAAAGCAAUAUGUUCAUUUGGAUUAGUGUAAUUCAGCCCCCCCGUGAUGAUCAGUGUCAGCGGCGCCUUCACUGAUUGUACUUUGUAUCAGACACAUCAGUUCCAUUAAAGCAAUAAUUCAUGGAAAAAUCGAAUUUGCACAAUGUUCUAUUAAUCACCUUUUCUAUCCCAAAGGCAAACACUGCUUAUAUUUCUGUUAACAGUGCUUAUGUUUACAUUUAUGGCAUUUAUUUGUUUUAGUUUAACAUUUUAUCUAAUUUUUUUUAAAUAUACAACUGAGCAGUUGAGGGUUAAGGGGCACAGUAGUGCCUGCUGGUACUGGGAUUUAAACUCACAACCUUCUGACCAGUAGUCUUACCCACGGAGCUACCACUGCCCCCUCAGCUCUUCUAUGUAAAAUAUAUUUCAUUUACUACUCCGGGAGAGUACUUUCAUUCAUUUAAUUAAUUUAUUUCAUGCUGUGUGUGUGUGUGUGUGUAUAAGAGAGAGAGAGAGAGAGAGAGAUCUCCCAUGUAGUCUUCCUGGGAUCAGCGCCACUCAGACCCUGACUUAAGUGUUAGUGUUGAGUGAACAGAAGUCAUUCUUUCUCAGUGGGCCUCGAUCAGAAACCUGCAGAAACAGAUUAACACGAAAGAAAGCAGUAUUAAUUAGACACUGUCUGACUUACAAUUUGCAAGGAGAGAAGAUAGAAUGAAGUGAUGGAGCAAUCAGUCCAAUUGAGGCUCCAGAAGAGAUCUCAGCAGAUGCUGGCUUUAUAUGGAAAGUAUUACCAGAGUUGCAAAAGCCUGUAGAACAGAAACAAUAUCCCAAUUUGUAUGAACACUCACAAGGCACUUUAUUACCAUCACUACACUGAUACAGGGUAGAGCUUCCUUUGCUCUCGAAACUGCUUCAGAUCUUCCUAGCAUGGAUUUCAAUAGAUGCUGGAAACAUUCUGAAAGAUUCUGGUGCUACCUUUGAGGUCCAUGUUUAUAUGAUUACAUGACACGAUUCCUGCAGCUUUUUCAGGUGAGCUUUGAGCAGCAGACAUGUGAACAGCAUGAACUUUUGCAUCAGAAUAUUACUGUAAUUUACUGGACUCGAACUAAAAUAAUAAGAUUUUUGUAAUUGAUUACAGAAUGGUGAAAUCUUUCUCAAAAGAUAUUUUGACUUUUUUCGUUUUGCUUUGUUUUUUACCCUAACUGAAGCCCAUUUCAGCAGUAGAAGCAUUAGAAGGUACUUUUCUAGGCCACUAGAUGGUGCAAGGGAGCUGUUAUGAAUAUUUAAGAACUGCAGGCAUCUGUACUUACUUCUAAAGAGGAAUGAUCACAGUUGUCACACUGGUCAUGUAGCUGUGUCCCAUUUUAGCAAGUGGUAGAUGAGGAGCAGGUGUUGAAGGCAGGGGACACGUGGUGAAGGAGUUUACAGAGGACAGGGAAGUCGGAGUGGAGUGGUGGCGAAGAGGUUAUUGAUUGCAGAAGUACAGGAAGAACUGAGAGAGGAAGGAAAGGCAGCUGGGAAGGCUGAAACCUGACCAGGAGACAAGAGGAGCAGAAGUUCAUCUUCUCCAAUUUUUCUUCUUUUCACUUUCUUUUCACAGCCAUUACAAUAAGCAUAAGCAAAAAUCUGAAUCUUGAACUGACGCAUUCAUUUCACUUAAAAUCACACAAAAAAGUGUGCCAGCAAUGUAUUU